AUGCAUUUACUCAAAACGUUAAAGCAAACAAACCUAGAUAUCCGAAUACUAUGGAUCUCAGUGUUUCUCCGAAUGGCCAGCUACGGUCUCACUAACCAAGUACUCGCACUAUAUCUUAAAAAGAUUAAAAUUUCCGAGUUUGAAAUUGGCCUUUUCAUGACCCUUACCCUCGUUGGCGAUACCAUCAUCUCAUAUUUCCUCACGUGGAAUGCUGACCGAAUUGGCCGUCGAAAAGUGAUGCUCAUUGGCUCAAUCAUGAUGCUUGCAUCUGGCGUUGUAUUCACGUACUCGACCAAUUUCUACAUCUUGUUGACAGCUGCUAUAUUUGGUGUUAUUUCCCCGUCUGGAGAUGAGACGGGCCCAUUCAAGUCGGUUGAAGAGGCAUCAAUGGCGCAUUUGACACCGUACAAUCAUCGGCCUGAAGUAUUUGCCUUUCAUGGAUUGUUUGCUACUGCGGGUGCUGCCGCUGGGUCGUUAAUUUGCGGUUUCUUGGUUGACUUUAUGAAUUUAGAACUCAACUGGAGCUUAAAGAAAAGUUAUCAAAGUAUAUUCAUUGUGUACUCGCUAAUUGCCGCAGUCAAGUUUAUCUUGAUGUUGUUUUUAUCCGACAAAUGCGAGGUAUAUAUUGAAAACUUUGUCGAAGUAGAUGAACAUUCGACAUUGAUGGAAGGAGAUGAACCAGAAGAAACUGGAAAAUCGUCAGCCUUAUCCAACACCACUAGAUACUAUUUGCCAAGAUUACUAAUUAUAUUCAUGCUUGAUUCAUUGGGAUACGGGUUUAUGCCUUCGGCAUGGGUCGUUUACUAUCUCAAAUUCACGUUCCAAUUAACAGCGAAGGUCUUGGGUAUAUUGUUUUUUGUAACCAACCUGGUUGAUGCCGUUUCCUCAUUACCCUCGGCAUAUUUUGCCAAGGUAUUUGGACCUGUCAAGGCAAUCUUGUUCACUCAAGCGCCAUCGGCUGUUUUCUUUGGUCUUGUCGCCUUCAGUCAGCAAUACGUUGUCGUAGCUGCAUUAUUGUUGCUUUAUUAUCUCACUUCUACAAUGGACGUGGUGCCUAGACAAGUUUUGCUUACGUCGAUUAUGCCAAAAGAGGAAAUAACUAAGGUCAUGGGUAUAGUCAAUAUUGGGAAAACAUUUGCCAGAUGUGUCGGCCCCAUCUUCACCGGUAAGCUUGCAGAACAUAGUAAAUUACGCUACGGGUUUAUCAUCAAUGGAGCAUGUGUUCUUUUUGCUGAUCUCGUACUUGCAAUCAAUUUCCUCCAUAUUGACCAGGACAUUUUACGCAAACAGGGAAUAGACCAAAAUAUAGACUAA